AUGUCAAAAAUGAAAUCACAAAAGACAAUCGAGGAAAGCCGUUCUCAAGAGGAUACACCUAUUCUUCCAUCUGAUAUCAUUUUCAACAUCCUCAUUAAGGUAAACACUACAUCUUUGAUACGCUUUAAGAGUGUUUCAAAAUCAUGGAAUGCUAUGAUUUCCGACAUUACUUUCACAAAAACCCACUAUGAUCGAUCCAAAGAGAUAGGGUGUGAAAAGCUGGUGUUACAAAGGGGUACGGGCGAGUUUGAAUUUUUAUAUUUAAACAACCUCAAUGACGUUAUCAUAGAUAAACGAGAAUUCCCACUCAAAGAAUUUAUAGGUGCUCAAAUCCUGUGCUCAUAUAAUGACUUAGUAUUACUGAAAAAACCUAAGGCUUAUAAGAAGUUCGUUUUAUGGAAUCCACCAUCCGGACACCACCACAUUCUUGAGUGUCCAUAUACCAAACCUAAAGAAUACACAUUUGCUUGUGCGUAUGGGAUGUGUUCUGAUUCCACCACCGGUGAUUACAAAAUUAUAUUGAUCUACAAUUUAUUUUAUUUUGUGUACUCUACGAGUAAGAAUAUUUGGAGGAAGAAAACAACUCCAUCUACAUUACAACAAUGUCUUCUUGAAUUCAAACUUUCAACUUCAUACACAUACAUAUGCAGUCAGGGAACUGGCACUAACAAUUGUGUAUACUGGGCUCUAAAUGAGAAACGUGGUCAAAACAUAUGUAAAACUUCUACUUUCAUAUACUUUGAUGUGAAUUCGGACGAGUUGAAGGAGUUUCCAACACCUCAUGGCAUUGAAAAUAAGCUUGUGUAUCAUCUGUCUACUUUGAAAGGCUGUCUUGGUGCAUUUGGAGGCAAUGAUUAUAUCAAUGGAUUGUAUAUUUGGGUCAUGCAACAAGAUGGUUGGAAAUGGUUUAUGUAUGUUCCAUAUAUACCAGACCCAACUAUCGAUAUUGAGCGUAAUUUCAGUAACUAUAAGCUUUUGUUCAGCACAAAGAGUGAUGAAGAGCUUGUCUUCCAAGGACCAGGGUGUCACAAUCUUUCCAUCUAUUGUCUUAAACAGAAAAAAUUUGUUAGGACAAUUCAUAUAUCAAAUCGUUCUGAGGAAUAUUUGUCUUAUCCCGUAUAUCAGAUAUGUCUGGAUAGCUUAUAUUUUCCUAGACUUAAUGUCACGCGCAAGAGGAAGCAACACACACCUCAAGUAGCGUCCCGGUGUGUCAUUUUGGCACCUUUUGUACAAUUGGCAUGGCGCAUGUAUUUCACUUACCUGAAGGCACGUGGAAGCUCUUUUUCGGCUGAUGUGGCGUCCAAGUUGGACCACAAACAGCAUUUCACACCAGAACGCGAGUUGAG